AUGGCCACCUCCCGCUCCCCCACACCUCCCUCCACCAAACGCCUCCUCCAAGAGCUCAAAUCCAUCGUCGAAGAUCCAUCCCCGAUCCUCCAAUCCCUGAGCCCCGCGUCAGAAGCCGAGAUACUGCACUGGGAAGCCGUCAUGAAGGGUUUCCCUGGUACAGCUUACGAAGCCGGUCUCUGGCACCUCGACAUCCUCAUCCCGCCCUCCUACCCGCUCGCCCCGCCCAAGAUCACCUUCACAACUCCCAUCUGCCACCCAAACGUGGAUUUCAAAACCGGCGAAAUCUGCCUCGAUCUCCUGAAAACGUCGUGGUCACCUGCGUACACGCUCACAUCUACAUUGGAGGCUGUACACCAGUUGCUUGCGUAUCCGGAGGUGGAUAGUCCGUUCAAUGUGGAUAUAGCGACGCUGUUGAAGAGUGGGGAUAAGAUUGGCGGGGAGAGUUUGGUCCGAUUUUGGUGUGCGGAGAGGAGGUGGGGUGGCGGUUAA